GACACGGACAGCAGUAGUUAACUGUAAUUCCUUGAUUACUUCAAAUUGUUUUAUAUACCGAGGGAAUACAACGGAUUUUCUUUCCAAUGGAGAUACGAUUUAGUCAGGAUUCGUGUUGCAUGGAAAAAUCGGGCGGAACAAUGAGGUGGCGAGUGCUGUUGUUUAUCUCAAUCCUUCCCUUCGCAUCGGUGGUCGGGCAGGUCAGCUACUCCAUCCCCGAGGAAAUGGCCAAAGGCUCGUUAAUCGGUAACAUUGCUCAGGAUUUAGGUUUAGACAAAAAAAGACUGACAUCAGGCAAAGCUCGGAUUUUUACAGGAGACAGUGCAGGGUACAUCGAGCUGAGCAGAGAACGAGGAGCUCUCCUUAUCAAAGAAAAAAUAGACAGAGAGGCGCUCUGUGGACAGACGACGCCCUGCGCGUUGCAUUUUCAGGUUAUUUUAGAAAACCCCAUGGAAUUCUACACGGUUGUUGUCGAAAUUACAGAUAUAAAUGACAACACUCCAAUAUUUGAGAAAUCUGACAUGAACUUCAAAAUAAGCGAAUCUGCCGUAAUAGGAGCAAAAUUCUUGCUAGAGAGGGCAAUAGAUCCCGAUGUUGGUAUGAAUGGUCUACAGAGUUAUUUUCUGACGAAAACGGAUCAUUUUGUGCUGAAAUUGAAAGAUCAGCCGGAUGGAGAAAAGAUAGUUGAAAUGGUUUUACAAAAACCUCUUGACAGAGAAAAACAAGAGGAGAUAUUUAUUGUGUUAACUGCGGUGGACGGAGGGGAACCAAACCUAUCAGGCACAGCACAGAUACAUGUUACAGUGCUCGAUGUCAAUGACAAUGCACCCGUGUUUACGAAGACAGUUUACAAAGCUACAAUAACUGAAAACGCCCCACAAGGUACAGUCAUAACCAGGGUCAGUGCUUCUGAUGCUGAUAAAGGAUCAAAUUCCAAGAUAACUUAUUCAAUAUCCAACACAGUUGCAGGUGUACGAGACAUGUUUGAAAUUAAUGAAUUAAAUGGGGAUUUGAUCUUGAAAAGUAGUGUGGAUUAUGAAAAGGCACGUUACUAUCAAAUACAUGUGCAAGCCAGUGAUGAAGGCGGACUGACAGAUUCAUGUAAGAUUACUGUUGAAGUGACAGACAUUAAUGAUAACACGCCAGUUAUUAACAUUAUGUCACAGACUAAUGUAAUUGCGGAGGACUCUAAACCAGCAACAGUUGUGACGAUGGUGAAUGUCCAGGACUUGGAUUCCAGUGAAAAUGGAAAAGUUCAAUGCGCAAUUAAUGAACAUAUUCCGUUUACAUUAAAGCCGGCAUCAAGUAAUUUCUUUAACCUAGUAACAGACAGUGAUCUGGACAGAGAGAGAGCCUCUGGGUAUAACAUAACCGUGACCUGCUCUGAUGAGGGAGUGCCGUCCCUCUCCAGCAGCGUCACUCUCACCUUACAGAUCUCUGAUGUGAAUGAUAACGCGCCUGUCUUUGAGAGGAGCUCAUAUGAGGCCUACAUUGUAGAAAACAACACACCAGGCCUCUCUAUAUUCACAGUGAAAGCCAGAGAUGCUGACUGGAACCAGAAUGCCCGUGUUUCUUACAUACUGGAGGACUCCUCUGUUAACGGAGUGCCAGUCUCCUCAUAUGUGUCCGUUAGUGCUGAUAGUGGAGUCAUCCAUGCAGUUCGGUCCUUUGACUAUGAGCAGAUCAAAGAUUUCCACUUCCGCGUCAAAGCGCAGGAUGGAGGUUCCCCUCCACUCAGUAGCAAUGUGACUGUGAAAAUACUGAUCCAGGACCAGAACGACAACCCCCCUCAGGUUCUGUACCCAGUCCAGACCGGUGGCUCUCUGGUGGCUGAAAUGGUGCCUCGUUCAGCAGAUGUGGGCUAUCUGGUCACUAAAGUGGUGGCUGUUGAUGUGGACUCUGGACAGAAUGCCUGGCUCUUCUAUAAACUGCAGAAAGCCACAGACAGGGCGCUGUUUGAAGUGGGCUUACAGAAUGGAGAAAUAAGAACUAUCCGCCAGGUGACUGAUAAAGAUGCUGUGAAACAAAGACUGACUGUUAUAGUGGAGGACAACGGGCAGCCCUCUCGUUCAGCUACAGUCAUUGUUAACGUGGCGGUGGCGGACAGCUUCCCUGAAGUGCUGUCAGAGUUCACUGACUUUACACACGACAAGGAGUACAAUGACAACCUGACUUUUUACUUAGUGUUGGCUCUGGCAGUAGUUUCCUUCCUCUUCAUCACGUGUUUAGUGGUUAUUAUAUCAGUGAAAAUCUACAGAUGGAGACAGUCUCGCAUCCUGUAUCACUCCAAUCUCCCUGUGAUUCCAUAUUAUCCACCACGUUACUCAGACACUUUGGGGACAGGGACUCUCCAACAUGUGUACAAUUACGAGGUGUGCAGGACAACUGACUCCAGAAAGAGUGACUGUAAGUUCGGCAGAGCUGGUAGUCAGAACGUGCUGAUAAUGGACCCCAGUUCUACAGGGACGAUGCAGCGGAUACAGAGUGAAAAGAGCAUCCUGGAUGAACCAGACUCUCCUUUAGAGGUUAGUUUUCCAGAAGAUACAGAUUUUCCUCAUUUUCCUCAUUGACUUAUCAUAGGCUUAUUUUUGCAACAGAGUGAAUUACAUCUUUUUCAGU